GGGAUAUGGAUUUCAGCAAGAGCUCACACAGUAAGAAAGGGAUACAGCCAUUGUCAGAGUCUGUGUACGUAGGAUUAUGUAAAAUAUUGGGAAUUCAACAUCAGGUGGCCAUGAGAAGAGAUGUGGUUGAUAUUUGGAACAUAGUUCAAAAUCGGUCAAGAACAAAUAAUAACGAGGAAAGGCUAUGUAGUAGGAGUUUUGGAGAAGGAUUCAGACUGCAGGGUUCUGAUAAGGACAUUAUGAUAUGGCCAAACCAUCUAGUGAUCUGGGACUUAUCUCAUGCCCACCAGUACAUUAUAAACAGAUGUGUGCCAAUUCUUGCUGACAGUUCAAAGAGCCCCCCAGGGUUCACUUUACUCUGGUUACCAAUACCCGUAGCACACGAUAUUGUUCUAUCAUCGUGUUUCACUUUGAAUGAAAGAUUUUAUAUAUCUAGUUCUAUGUAUAUAUUAAACGCAUGUUCAGUAGUAAACCCUUCUUCCACUAUACAUGGGCCAUGCAGUCGUUCUGUUCUUCAAGGAUUUGAAUUUGAUAAUGCCCACUGUUUUGCUUGUGAUUUUUGGCCUCCGUCAGCUUUGUCAUGGAUUGACAGAUGUCACUCAUGGCCUAAAUCUCAUGUUGUUCGUGACAUUGUUAGAAAUAGAUGUCACUUUGUUGCAAUAGGACACAAAUUAGGGAAUUAUGAAGACGAUGAAUGGAGGAUAUCAUUCUCUUUCGCUGAACAAAAACUUGUGUAUUCAAUGAAUCACUGCCAAUUUUUAACUUACGGCUUAUUGAAACUCUUCUUAAAUGAAGUAAUUAACUUUGAACAAAGAGAUGAAAGUAAAUUACUUUGUUCUUAUCAUAUGAAGACAGCUAUUUUCUGGGUGCUUCAAGAAAACAAAAUACCACAUUGGUGUCCACGAAAUUUCCUGGAGUGUUUCUGGGUCUGCUUUAAACUCAUUCUUAAUUGGGUGUAUGAGGGAGUAUGUCCUAACUUUUUCAUUCCAGAAAACAACAUGUUUCUGACUAAAAUUCAUGGUGAAGCACAGACAAUGUUAUUCCUUAGACUGUAUGAAUUAUAUGAAAAUGGAGUGGCAUGCCUCUUGCAGAGCUCCUCAAUAAGGCCCUACAUAUUAAAUGCACUUUAUAACCCCAGAAGCUUUAUUUGUUUAGAUGAAAAAACUCGGAUAUCAGAAGCUGAGUUUGAUGAAGAACUAUUCCAAGAGAUAAUUUUUAAUGAACCACUACCACCUCAAUAACUAUCUUGUUUUAUGAUAUCCAUACGUCAGAUAAACCAAUUGAUAGGUUCGCCCUUGACAAAGUAUCAGGUUGUCAUGUUACAAAAAUGUACAGCAGUAAUGCUUCAGCACACUGCAUUUCUAUUACACAAUAUUCAUAAAAAGCUAAUAUUACAUAACACUGACGACAAAAAUAACAAAAACAAAGAGAGAUAUAUUUUUGAUAAGAUCUCCUGUAACAUGCUGAAAUUGGCAGCCAAGUUUGGUUCUAUUUCUGACACGUUGUACCUUGUCAUGUAUUAUUACCAGACAUGCCGCUACAGAGAAGCUUUAUUUGUUAUAGUGAGGACAAAAGUCAAAUUAAAACAGCCACAUCUGAUGUAUUUGUUUAAUAUUGACACACUGAUGUAUACCAAGGCUGUAGGUGGACGGCCAUUGUCUACAAAAUUAGGACAGGCUGUAGCAAGCACUCUUAUGCUUAAUAAAGAAAGAGUUUAUAUCAAUGAGUUAGUUACGGAACAGCUCUGUGUUUCACA